UAGGACGAAAGGGCUUCCAAAUUGCAUACAAUAAAAGGAAUCCUUGUUCCUAUUUCCUCGAAACUGCAGAGAGUAAACCCCACAGCUUUUCAUGUUUUCCCUAUUUCUUUCUCCUUAGGGUUUCCGACCUUUUAAGCCUGUGAAAAGUUAAGUUUAAAUACACUAGAAGGCGAUAUAGAAAAGGGGCUGAUUCUGGGCUCUUCUCUUCAUCUUCUUGAUAAAUUUGCAUCUGGGAUUCAUCUGGCUAAGGUAUGAAGUACAUCACUCAAUUCAUACAUACUCAGUUUUCUGCAAGUAUUAUUUUCCAAAGCAUAUGUCUAACUUUUAAGCAUAGAAUCAACAAGUUCUUUAUUUGCUGAAGAGGAAGAUUGCAGUAGUAUCUUGAAACUGUGUUGCCGAAAGGUAAAAGUGCAGUUUCGAAUUUGUAAUAGUCCAAAUGUCCAUUGACAAUAUUAACUAUUUUAAUCUAUUUUAGAUCAUUGGUUUAACAUACAUGUUAAGCAUGUAAUUCAGCAUUUUAGCGUGUCACUAAGUUCAUUACUUUUGUAUUUUCCAUCAUCCUAAACAAGAGGGUCUACCAAAAUUAAAAAUAUUUUUUUUUACAAAAUCUAAAACUUUUAGAAAUUGAAUUUCUAAUUUGUGUUACUUCUUCUCUUUCCUUUAUCUAGUCUUUGAUGUUCCUUAGUUAGAUGCAACUCUGUUUAGUUUUAUUCCUGAUUAGUCUUCCUAAUUAGAUGAAGUAUUUAUAUAUUAUAUGAUUGUAUUAAUGGGUGAUGCUUUGAUGAUACAAGAGGGAAGUUCUGUAAAGAUGAAUUGCUCAAAUACCCGUUCGUGAGGGUUACUUGGGUCAUGUUAUAAAUGCUCUAGCUAAACCUAUUGAUAGGAGAGGUGAAAUUUCAGCUUCUGAAUCUCGGUUAAUUGAAUCUCCUGCCCUAGUUAUUAUUUCGAGACAUUUUGUAUAUUUCUAUUGAUUCUAUGGUCCCUAUAAGUGAACAGGAUCUAAGUCAUCUAAGUUCAUUUCUCUUUCAAAAAAAGGUUUUAUUGUAGGUGUCAUACAUCAAAAUACAGAACAAGUGGGGCCAUCCUUUGUAGGACACAAAAGUUGCUGGUGGUAGCGAAUAUGGCGGCUAUAAGUGAUGUGGCCACGGCAAUUUCCCUGAUUGGUAAAGUUAUAAAGGCAGCUACUAAUGCACAACUGAUGAAGAAGGAAUUUAAGGAGUUAGUAGAUUACUUAGAAUUGGUAGGAAAACAGUUCGAGAUGCUCGAUGACAGGGAGCUUGGUGAUGCUUCCAUGCAAACACUUCAGAAGAUGGAGGAGGUCUUGCUUCAGUGUCAUGAUCUCGCUAUUAGCUGCCAGCAACGAAGUUCUAUCUACCUUGUGGUCAAAGGUAAGCGGAUUCAGAAUGAACUCAGAGGGGCACAAGAAAAAAUAACAAAAUACUUGACGCUUAUUCCACUCAUCCAUUUCACACAAGUUUUUAGGCGGUUUAAGGAAGAAGAAACAAACAUAAAUGAGAAUUGGCACGAACAUGCUAGCAAUGAAUUAGAUAUUCCAGGUUUGGUUGCAGAAAGAAUUGCCGAAUUUACAGAUAAUAGGUUUCAAAGUAAUGCUCACUUGUUCACCUAUGAACAAAUAGUAAAAAUGACACACAACUUUGAGACAGUCAUUGGCAGAGGGGGAUUUGGUAUAGUCUAUUAUGGACUUUUGGAAGAUGGAACUGAUGUCGCAAUCAAGCUACAGAGACACUCAUCACAACAGAGUGACAUGGAGUUCUUUGCUGAGUUGAGGAGCUUAACCCAAGUUCACCACACGAAUCUAAUUUCUUUAAUUGGUUACUGCAAGGAUAGAAGCUACCUUGCUAUUGUCUAUGAGUACAUGCCUCAAGGAAACCUUCAAGACCAUCUGAGAGGUGAAGCUGGGUUUCCUGUGUUGACAUGGGUACAGAGGCUCCAAAUUGCAUACCAAGCUGCACAAGGAUUGGACUAUUUGCAUACGCGAUGCAACCCGCCAAUAGUUCAUAGGGAUGUGAAGAGCUCAAACAUUCUCUUGGGUGCAGAUUUAGAGGCUAAAAUAACAGAUUUUGGAAUUUCCAAGGCUUGGAAUGAGAAUGACACUUAUACAACCACAAGAGUGGUUGGAACAGUAGGGUAUAUUGAUCCAGCUUAUUUCCGUACUGGCUAUGCCAGUGAUGCAAGUGAUGUUUAUAGCUUUGGGAUAAUCCUUCUGGAAAUGAUUACUGGCCAACCUCCAAUAAUUCGUGGCCCAGAAGUGCAACAACACAUUGUUCAAUGGAUAUCUCUAAGAGUUACCGGUGAAGGAGAUUUUGUUGAUACAAGUAUGAACGAAUACUAUGACCCUAGCUCUGUGUGGAACGUUCUUCAGCUAGCAUUGAGUUGCACAGACUUAUCAGCCAGUAGGAGACCUCGAAUGGCUGAAGUAGUAAUCCAACUGAAAGAGAUCAUUGAAAUGAAGCCUUUGAAACAGAUGACUGAGGACAUGAACGAUAAAGAUAUGGAAAAUGAACAAGUGGAAGAAGCAUUUGUAACCUCAAUUGCUCAAGCUGAUCGCCCCAUAUGCAUGCAUAAACUGUCAGCCAAUUUGUUCACAUCAUGGACACACAAUACCCCUGGUAGAAGGUUUUGGCGAUGCAAAAAUUGGAAAAUGGCCGGUGACUGUGGCUUUUUCAAAUGGCAUGACCCUGUGCAGGAAAGUGUCGCAAUAGAACAAUUGGAUUUUGUAAUCCACCAAAGCGAAGAGCUAGAUGAGGAGAUAAUGAUAUUGGAUGAAGAAAGUGCAAUUCUUUUUUGCAAGUUGAAAGUCUUGCAAGAAAAACUUGUUGAAUGCAAAAGGAGUAAGAAGGCAUUAGAAAUGAAGUUGGAAAGCAUGGACAGAUUUUACGUACAUAUGUAAUUUUCAUAGGCAAGAUGUUCUUAGGGUUCAAUGGAUUAAUCUUGAAAUUUCUAUUGAUGUCAUUAUUAUCUUGUUAACUUGUUUUGAUCAAUAUUAAAAUAAUUUUGAUUCAUUUCAA